AUGUACUUUGUGCACAAAUUUCACACCGAGUGCGCCCUGUACAUGCUGGAACACCAUGGAAUUGAGGUCGAUGUUCGGCGAUACGAGAAUGAGAUCAUUCGUCGUACGGAGAACCCAAAUUGGACGGACGCGCAAAAGCUCAAGCGAAAAGUACUGCAAAGACGGAAAUCAAAUAUGUCCUAUGAGGUACCCGAUCGUUUACAAGAUCACAAGGGGUAUCGACCGGUAAACUCUAGCGAAGAAAACGUGCUUCUCCCUUUGGUGACUUUUGAGGAAGACGAGAUUCACUUUGAUGAGCAGAUUGCAAGAAAAACUUUCGCGAAUGAAGCUUAUCAUGGAAAAAAGAUCAGUCUCGUGACUGUAAUGGGCCCAUCAAGGAUGGGCAAGAGUUUCUUGAUGUCAUUUUUGACUGGUGGAAUGAAAGGAAACAAAAUUAGUGGCGCUUUUCAAAGCGGCUACGAGCGAUACACAGAGGGGAUUCUAAUCUUCGUCAAUCCGAUGAUCUCGAAAGAUGGAACACACGUGAUUUUCUUUUUGGACACUCAGGGGACAUUCGAUUUGAAAACGACGAGGAAUAUCUCGACGUGGAUCGCCGGGUUUAGUCUACUCAUCUCCGAUGUUCAGAUUGUUAAUCUUCGAGGAAAUAUCAGCGGCGAUGAUCUUCAUGAUUUGAAUCUGUUUGUUGAAUCAGCUGCGUCUUUUAAAGAAGGCUCAGUGGCAAAGAGUCUAAUUUUCGUGAUACGCGAUGCGGCUGAUUGGAAAGAGAGCGAGUUUCUCGAGAAAUUAUGGAAUCAAAAUGAGAAGUCGAAAGAAAUUAAAGAAAUCGCUGCGUCAUUGAAAAAUCGCUUUAUAAAUGGAAUCGAUUGCGUUUGCGUGGCGCCAGUUUCGGAUCGGAUUCGACGAGCUGAUCGAACAAUUGAGUUACAAGAAGAGGAUCAAAUACUGAUCCAAUGUCUUAAACGAGUUCAACACUUGAUCUAUGAAAAGUGUCAGCUUGAGAGCAAAGCUCAACUACAAGCUCCAAUCGAACUAACCAAAAAAAUCACGGCUUAUCUCCAAGACGAAGCUCCGGAGUUGAGGCCAACUGUCGAGUUAAUCCAAGAAGCCACCGUAAUCCAAGCAGUGAACAAAGCAUUUGAUGUCUUUGCGAAAGCAAUCAAGACUUCAACUCCGGAAACUUUGUCAAUGGCUGAAGCUUUAGGGAAAGCUGAAGUUCACCGAAAAUUGGAAACCCUGUUGCUGAAAAAGGAAAAUCUCGUUGCUGAAGCUCACGCUUUGCUGGAUCCAAAGAUUGAGGAAAUGCUUCUGGAGAAGAAAAACGAGUUCGCUUCACUGAAAACGGAGAAAGACGCGUUGAAAGGGUCUGAGAAGUUUGCCCAAGAAUUUAAAACGAAAAUUCACAAGAUUUCAACUUUAAAAGAGGCUUUGCACUGGGAAAGGGACUCAAUUAUUGAGAAAUACGGUAGCUUUACAAUGCCCUCAGCGACCAUUCAUUCAAUAAAGGAAACGCUGAACACAAAAAUUAUCACCCUUAGAUCACAAUUCAUUGAAACUCGACUCAAUGAGUUGAACAAUGAGCUCCGAGUUUAUUUGCUCACGACCAACUUCGGCAAUGUUCCAGAAGAAGAUCAGAUCAAAGUUCACAUUAAAAAAAUGAUUGAAUCUUUCAAAAUUGAGUGCAUGAAAAAUACCAUCGAAAGCGCACAGUUUCACACAAUCAAAGAAGUGAUUCAAAGCACUUUAAAGAAAACCGGUUUGGUUUGCCGGGACAUGCUUGUCUCAAAGAAAAUCGCAGAGAUCAAAAAAGCCGAGCUCGAAGCUGAAUUGGCUGCCGAGAUCCAGGUCAAUGUUCGGCGAUACGAGAAUGAGCUCAUUCGUCGUACGGAGAACCCGAAAUGGACGGACGCGCAAAAGCUCAAGCGAAAAGUGUUGCAAAGACGGCAAACGAAGCCCACAAAGAAGAAAAUUUGUGCGCAAAGGGUCGGAGAUGUGUUCAACGAGUUGUUGGCUGAGGAGUUUCACAAUGUACUCGCGUGUGACCCAUUGAGCAUUGCGAAAAUCUCGGCACUCAUCGAAUGCUCGAAAAGUCAACGCGACUUUUUCUCGAGCACUCUUUGCAAGUGCUCGUCGACAAAUGGAUCUUUUUCUUUUACGGCUUGCCAAAAAAUGGCUUCGGCGAGAGGGACACGC